AUGGUUAACCACCCGCUUGAAGAAAAGGCAUUACCCACUGGCAUGGAGUGUUCCAGUAGCAAUAGCUCUUCAAGAACUAGCGUGCCUUUAUCAUUUGAAGUAAAAAGACAAAACAGACAUAACGGUUGUGAGCGCUUCCAGAAUGUCAUGUGCAGUGAUGGAAUGGAACCAAAUGACCCAGAUCAUCUGCUGCACAAGGAGCUGCAACAGGUCGAUGACUUUCAAGGAGAAGAGAACGAUAAUGUAGAUGAAAUGCUGACUACGGAACGUAUGUUUAGAAAACUGUCCACCGGGAGUGAAGACAUGAAAAAGGCAUAUUCUCAUGCACAGUUAUCAUCUACGGCACAUGGUGUUCGAAUUCUAUCUAAAAAUCUCUCUAAUACUAAGGUAGCUUUGGAGGUCAAGAACUUAAUGAUUGUAACUAAGAAACAGGAUGAUUCAUUGAUAUAUCUAACCAGGGAGAUGGUAGAAUGGAUUCUCGUGAACUACCCCUCGAUAGACAUAUACGUGGAUGCAAAAUUCGAGAAGAACGAACCUUUCAAUGCGAAAGAAUUGUGUAAAGAUAGCAAAUGUGGGUCACAUAAGAUUAGGUAUUGGACACCCACUUUUGUCAAAGAGAACGAAUAUUUCUUUGACCUAAUUAUUACUCUUGGAGGAGAUGGAACUGUGUUAUACGUAUCUUCGAUAUUCCAAAAGAAUGUCCCUCCCGUCAUGUCGUUCGCACUGGGCUCGCUUGGCUUCCUAACCAAUUUCCAAUUUGAAAACUUCAAGCACGAUUUGUCUAAGGUUCUUCAAAAUAAGAUCAAGUCCAAGAUGCGGAUGAGGCUAUGCUGUCAGUUGUAUAAAAGAAGGAUUAAGAGGAAGGACGAAGAAUCAGGAAAGACGCAUAUCAAGUAUGACCUUAAGGGAGAGUACCAUGUAUUGAAUGAGCUAACUAUAGACAGGGGUCCAAGUCCGUUUAUUGCUAUGUUAGAAUUAUACGGCGAUGGCUCGUUACUCACUGUGGCCCAAGCUGAUGGCUUGAUUAUUGCGUCGCCAACGGGCUCCACCGCCUAUUCCCUAAGCGCUGGUGGUCCAUUAGUCUACCCUAGCGUGAACGCUAUUGCAGUGACUCCAAUUUGCCCUCACACGUUGAGUUUCAGACCCAUAAUAUUACCAGACAGCAUGACGCUGAAGGUGAAGGUUCCCAGAACCAGUAGAAGCACUGCAUGGGCCGCUUUCGAUGGUAAAAACAGAGUGGAAAUGCAGAAAGGAGACUACAUCGUAAUAACAGCAAGUCCCUACUCUUUCCCAACGCUCGAAGCUCGAAGCACCGAAUUCAUCGAUGGCAUAAGCCGGACCUUGAAUUGGAAUGUCCGCGAGCCGCAAAAAUCAUUUACCCAUAUGCUUUCAAGAAAGAACCAACAAAAAUAUGAAAUACACACAGAGAAGGCCAAAUUGGGUUCUGAAGAGGAGGAAGAACUAGAAGAAAGCACCAACACUGCCGCUUCUGAUUCCGAGCGGGACUCGAACUCUGAAUCCGAUUCGGAUUCAGACGUUGAAUGA